AUGGAAGAUCAGUCGAGCGCCCAGCCAAAGAAGCGCCGACGUAUUGAACGAGGCGGGCGCUCCAAGAAUGGCUGCCAGACCUGCUUGACAAAAAGAGUCAAAUGUGAUGAGAAACACCCAAACUGUGGUCGCUGUAUUCGCCUUAAGCUCGAGUGUGAAUGGACUUCUUCGAAACCGUCGCUUGCGUCCAGAAGACGGGGGUUCGGGCCCAUCAAGGACCGACCCAGUUGGACACCGCCAAAUAUCGUUGCCAAAGAAGUUGAAGAGAGUACGCAGGAUGUUUCCGAACCGCCCAGCCAAGUUGAACUAUCGCCUGCUGCUCUGCUAGAUGGUGAGCUUCUAGAUCAGCAACUGGAAAGUCCUGGUUCAGAUUUGGCAGGCCUGUCACUUAUUCCAUCGCCCAUAGUGCCUUUCGCGCCUAUUGCCGAUCUCUCAGAUCUUGCCCUGCUGCCAGAUGAUACUAUCGACGUCGGUCGAGAGCAACAGAACCACCAAGACGAAAUUGAUCUGAGCACUCAACUAACAUUAUUCCCAUUUCCCUCAUUCAGCCUAUUCUCGGCCCUGUCGUCCAUCUCCUUCACCCUCCCCAUGGAUCCAGCCCCUUCAAUCGGCACCAGCGACUCCCAAGCAGUCGCCUUCCAUCGAACUGUGCUGGCGCCCAUGAAGUCAACACAAGUGGCUGCAGUAUCGUCACACAUGCUCUUCCUAGAUUUCGCCAUCCAGAACAGAAUGGCAUUACACCUUCUCCUUGCCUUCUCUCACAGCGAGUUGGCGAUUCAUCAAGGCUAUAGUGACCGACCUCCGCUGGAGUCGUACCUUCACUUCCAACACGGCUCUCAGCUAUUCACCCAACAACUAGAGGCAUUCGCACAAACAAACCAUAUUGCCAUGAUGCUCUCAUUCUUGUAUUUAUACAUGUUUUGGAUGCGACGUCGUCCGUUCGAUGUGGAAAGGUUAAGACAGCUGAGCGCCUCAGUCCUCGUCUACGUAAGGGCCUUUGCUUUGGACGAACUGUGCGCCAGUGGGACAUCCGAUGGCAGGACAUCUGAGCCUGUUAUUUUGUCCCGGAUCCUGACUUACAUCUAUGAUCGAGAUGUAUUUUGCGGCUUCUUUGGAUGUGGGGAGGCAUUCGCCAUCUAUGUGGAUGAGAACCAUGAGAAAAGGCAAAGGAUAUGGCAGCUUUCGAGGCUGCCUUUCUCUAAUGACCAUAGAAACAUGUGGACAGGGUUUCAAAACUCAUCAAGGAACCCUCACAGGAUGAUUCUCGAUCUUUACUUUGCGCUCAUCACAAUUCAGCGCGAGAUCAACCGGUACAGCCAAGGCAGUGAAGCCCAAACACUGGGUAUGGAUCUGGGCAUCAAGCGGAAGCUCGACCGUAUACGAGAGGAACAAUCUUUCAUCUUUGAGUUGGCGGCCAAGGGAGCCCAGCAGGCUUCGACCACGCCACUAAUGGCACUCGUUGCUGUCACAAUAUUCCACGCCCUUGAGAUCUACCUGGUUCGUAGUAAGAAUUCAGCUCUUGGGGAACUUCCCGUUCCCUCCGAAGUGCAAAGCGCUCUAAAGGACUUGUUGACGACGGCGUAUUACACGGUGGCGGCUGGGCCUGUGCAGCUCCUUGAGCGGUUCCAGUGGGCGCUCCUGAUUGCAGGGAUCGAAACACAUGAUCCCAUACAUAGAGACUGGAUCUCGGCGAGUAUUUCAGAUCCCGCAAUCAAGGGCAUCUUUCAGCUCGUGCAGUCGGCUAAGGGGUCGUCGGGAAUCACCAUGCGGGCGGUCCGACGGACGCGUCGAGUCUGGGGUAACGAGUCAAGGACCCCAGAUUUUGAACCGGUGAUCAGACCCAGAUUCGAAUCUAGCGUAGCCGAUGAUAAGGUUUGUGCCUUUGUGACGGGCUAUAACUACAGGUGUGGUCCCAUCGGUUGUCUCAAGGAUCACUCAACAUCAACAUUGCUCUCCUGGCUACUCAUCAACAAUUGCGACAUGGACGACAAGGUGGACACAAAGGUCUCUCCUGGCGAUUAUGAGAUGAGUGAUAAACAUGGCUGCGGCACUGUGGACACACUCAGUCCAGAGGAUGAGAAGAAGUUGGUUCGCAAGAUCGACUUGCGACUCAUGCCUCUUCUGAUUGUCAGCUAUGGCCUUCAGUAUCUUGACAAAACCAGUCUAGCAUAUAGCGCCAUCUUGGGACUACGAGAAGAGCUGCACCUCAAGGGCCAGCAGUUCAGCUGGGCUUCCAGUAUCUUUUACAUCGGCUACCUUGUUGCUUCUUACCCCAUCUCCCUCGGUUUCGUCAAGUUUCCCCUUGGCAAGUAUCUCAGCAUCUUGAUGCUCAUUUGGGGGGUUGUUCUCACACUGCACGCUGUUGCGUCAAAUUACGCAAGCCUGAUGGUUCUUCGAUUGUUGCUUGGUGUCUUUGAAAGCGCUAUUAGCCCGGGAUUCUCUCUUAUUACCGGCAUGUGGUAUACGCCUCACGAACACGUCUCUCGCCACUCUUUUUGGUUUGCUGGAAAUGCCUCGGCGAGUAUUAUUGGAGCCAUGAUCGCAUAUGGCAUUCUGGGCUACGAUGGACAUUUUGCUCAGUGGAAGAUGCUAUUCCUCAUCUUUGGCCUGAUCACAAUCGCAUGGUCCAUCUUCCUUUAUUUUUUCCUCCCAGACUCUCCCUCUAAUGCCACGUUCUUGACGCCCUCCGAACGCGAGUUUGCAUCCCUCCGUCCUAAGAAGUUCCAGAGAACGACACAGACGAAGAAGUGGGAUCGCGAUCAGUUCAUCGAGACCAUGAAGGAUGUCAAGGCCUGGUGGUUCUUUUUCUUUUCCUUCGUCAUCUGCGUGCCCAACGGAGGAACAACUAGCUUCAGCACCAUUGUCAUCAAGAGCUUCGGCUACGAUGAGUACCAGACCAUCCUCAUGGGUCUCCCUGCUUCUGCCUUCCAGCUCACGACUGUCCUCCUGGUCGCCAUCUUCACUUCAUAUGUGCGCAAGUCUCGCCACGUCGCCCUCGUGUUGACAUAUCUCAUGGCCAUCGGUGGAAUUCUCAUGAUCAAGCUUUUGCCAAACGAGGAGAAGCUUGCUCGUCUUGCUGGCUUCUGGCUCAUCAUGGCUGUUGCGCCCGCCUUCCCUCUGAUGAUGUCCUUGUCGGCAAGCAACAUUGCGGGCUUCACCAAGAAGUCAACUGUCAUGGCAAUGAUCUUCUUGGGUUAUUGUGCUGGAAACCUGAGUGGACCCCAGUUCUUCAUCAGUACUGAAGCCCCAAGUUACCAUACUGCAUACACGACCAUCCUGGCUUGCUUCGCUAUCACCAUCGUUCUCGUCGUCGCCAUGCGUUUCUAUCUCGCGUGGGAGAAUAACCGCCGAGACAAGGAGCAGGGCGUGCAGAGAGACCCAGAGGAAACCCGACAGGUGGAUCUCAGUACGGAUGGAACGCUGCUUGAUGUUGAUGAGACGGAUGUUCAGAACAGGAACUUUAGAUACAUUCUCUAG